GAUGUUCCUAAUUAACAAUAGCUGCUAGCUUGUACACGGCGUCUCAUGCAAUGCCCAUGCAUAUAUAACAGUAUCUGGCUGCCUGCCUAGCUACUGUCAAGCUCGUCGGAGUACUGCCUAAGCUGGCUUUCAUGUUUCGCUGGUGCUUCUUCGGACAACCAAAGUUGGCUAAUGCCAUGUCUAUUGUGGAGCUUGCGGUUCAUAUGGACUGUGAAGGAUGUGAGAAGAGAAUAAGAAGAGCCAUUUCUAAAUUAGAAGGUGUCGACACCUUGGAUAUAGACAUGGAUAAGCAAAAGGUAACAGUGACAGGACAUGUGAACCAUAAGAGAGUCCUGAGGGCUGUGAGAAGAACAGGGAGGAAGGCAGAGCUAUGGCCUUUCCCAUACGACAGUGAGUACUAUCCGUAUGCAUCUCAGUAUUUGGAUGAAUCCACAUACUCCUCAACCUACAACUACUACAGGCAUGGUUUCAAUGAGAGUGUCCAUGGCUACUUUCCGGACCAAGCUUAUUCAACACUCGUUGAUGAUCAAACUCUCCAUCUAUUUAGCGAUGACAAUGCCCAUGCUUGUAACAUAAUGUGA